AUGGCACCCCAUAGCGAACACGACGGCGGCAGCGGUGGCGGUGACUCCAGCAGCAACGACGGCUGUGGCGAUGGCGUCGGCACCGAGCUGACCAAGAAAGGAACUCUUCGUCAGAAGCGAUUCACAACUCGAGGCAGGACCGGCUGCCUCACUUGCCGCUCUCGCCACAUCAAGUGCGACGAGACAAAGCCAUUCUGCCGCCGCUGCACUAGCGGUCGUCGCGAAUGCCGUGGCUACGACUUUGGUGGCAGUCCGAGCGCCGCCUCUGCCGCCUCCGGUGGCGGCUCGGAAGACAACAAUGUGGCCUGCGACUGGCGUGCCCGGGAGCGAAUGCAGGAAGCCGCUGCUGGGCGCCACUAUCCCGCCGAGCCGGAGCCGCCCGACUGGGAAUGCAUGGAAGCCGCCCGAUACUAUUGCGUUUUCGUGAUCCCGUGCUGCGAGGAGCAGCUAAUGUCCGCUUACAAGGUGUUACCACCAUGCCACGGCCCUAAUCGCCCCAUCUUCCUCCUCGAUGUCAGCUGUCAUCGGAUAGCGGACGCCUCCAAGUCUCGCGGCAAGCUCUUACGCUGGACCGAGGACCCUUCUGUCGGCGGAGCCUGGGCAUCUCACUCUCGCCACAUGCUUGACAUCCUCGACUUCGUGAACAGGGGCCUCUCUGACAAGAGUCCCCCGCCGGGGAACGCACAGGCUGUCAUUCGACGAAUAUUCACGCUGCUGCACUUUGAUCUCCUUGUCGACGCGUCAGCGUGGCGUCCGCACCUGUUGGGCUACAUUGCCCUGAUGCAACAUAUGGGCGGCGUUCGGGGACUCCUGCGACUGAACAAUGGCCCGAUAAACAACACGCAAUGGACGAUAUUGAUCUUCGCCACUGCCGCUAAUACAACGAGCCCAGCGAGCAAACAGCUUCGCGCCUUCGAGGCGUACUCGGAUGAGGACGUGGAAUUCCUCUCUUCCCUUGACGUCAAUCCCGACCUCCCUUGUCCGCCGACUCUAUUUGUUGUCUUGAAGAACCUGACACAAUUACGGGGUCGAAUCGCCGGCGGGAAAUGCCCCAAGUCAGUCAUGAACUCUUCGGUACGCGACCUCUUUGAUAAGAUCAGCGCUUUUGAUCGCGACACAUGGGCCGAGUCUGUCACCUGCGGGUCGCACGAUACCGCCUCUGCAAUGGCUCGCAUCUUCCAAGUUGCAGUGCGGCUCUUUGGGGUACUGUCGCUGCCCCAAUCCGCCACGGCCUCUUGGGCCGUCGCGGCGGGCUACCCGCGUCUACCUGGCAUGUCCAUGUACGACAGUGUCCGUGUCUCGCACCGGCGCGAGCUACUACUCCUUUUGGAUCCUUACCGAGGCACCUUUAAGACUGUGCUCUCGCUCGCCUGGCCCUUGACGGUCGCGGGUGUCUCACUCGGAGGCGAUGGUCGCGUCGAAGACCGGCUGUUCAUCGCCGAAUCCCUACUAGACAUGUGGAAGAGCCGACUGGCUCGAUGCGGCCCGAUCCUGUGCCUUGAGAAGCUACGUGUGUUUUGGUCAUCGAAUAAGACAGCGUGGGAUGAUUGUUUUGACGAGCCAGUGCCGCCUCUUGCGUAG